GUAUAUCUCUUCCUUGCCAAUUCCAACCGAAACCAAAAAAGCUUUCUUUGGUUCUGCCUUCUGUGUCUUUUUUUUAUUCAAGCAAAAGAAAAAAAAAAUUAUAAAUAAAUAAUUUUUCUCAGACGAUUUUUCUCAUUCUCCGUUUAAAUUCCCGGCGACAACUUCGAUAAUUCUCGCGAUUCGAUUGAGUUUUAUCACGACGCAGCAUCAGCAUCAUGAAUCCUGAAUACGAUUAUUUGUUCAAGCUUUUGCUGAUUGGAGAUUCAGGUGUCGGAAAAUCUUGUUUGCUUCUCAGGUUUGCUGAUGAUUCCUAUCUGGAGAGCUAUAUCAGUACCAUUGGAGUUGACUUUAAAAUUCGCACCGUGGAGCAGGACGGGAAAACUAUUAAACUUCAGAUUUGGGACACAGCCGGGCAAGAACGAUUUAGGACAAUUACAAGCAGCUACUACAGAGGAGCCCACGGCAUUAUUGUUGUUUAUGAUGUCACGGACCAGGAGAGCUUCAACAAUGUUAAACAAUGGUUGAAUGAAAUUGACCGCUAUGCUAGUGAAAAUGUGAACAAGCUUCUAGUUGGUAAUAAAAACGACCUCACAGCAAACAAAGUUGUCUCCUAUGAAACUGCCAAGGCAUUUGCUGAUGAAAUUGGGAUCCCUUUUAUGGAAACAAGUGCUAAAAAUGCCACAAAUGUCGAGCAGGCUUUCAUGGCUAUGGCUGCUGAAAUCAAGAACAGGAUGGCAAGCCAACCGGCAAUGAACAAUGCAAGGCCCCCAACUGUGCAGAUCCGAGGACAGCCUGUCAAUCAGAAGUCUGGUUGCUGUUCCUCGUAAAAAGGAAGUCAGUUUUAGUUGGGUUGGGAUGUUAACCAUGUUCUUUGUUUGCAUGUAAAACUAGUUCUUUCUUAAUGGUUAGAUAAGAAAAUUAUUUGUUAUGAUUUGCUCUUUCUAAUCAGCUGCUCAGCACUGUUAAAAAUUCCAUUCUUUUGAAUGUCAUUUGAUUUUAAGAAA